UUGGUGGCAGUAAUUUCUCUACUGUGAGCUGGCGCUACAGGUAAAGCGCAGCGAAGAAGAAUUUGUGUGCUGUGCGAAGAAGUGGCGUCUGCUGUAACUUUGGUCAGUAAGGAUUCUUGGUUGCAGACUCUAAAGUAACGGAACCCUAAAAACGAAACACCAUGUUGGCAUUCUUACUGCGAGGUCUCACGCACCCCGACCUGUUGAUAAAUCACCGCGUGACGCUGCUGUAGUAUGAAGACACGUUAGUGACGCUGCUCUGCUGCUGACAGGAACAACAUCAGCAAGAAGGCAUGGCGGAGGCUGGAGCCCACCUGACCUCCACGGUUGUUAAUGAGCAGCCAUCCAUCUUUGAAGUGCUGGCCCAGGAGUCUCUGAUGGAGGCUGUCAGACCUGCUCUGAGACAUGCAGUCAAGGUUCUGGCUGAAUCCAACCCGUCCCAGUUUGGAUUCAUUUGGAAACGCUUCGAUGAGCUCUACCUGCUGCUGGAUGUCGUCCUGCAGAACCACUUCCUGUCCCAGUGCAGCUCCUCCUUCUCUGAGAACUUCUAUGGACUCAAGAGGGUCUCAGGUGGGCGGGGCCUUCCUGCUCGCCUGGGCUUGCACAAGAGUUCUCAUUGGCGGUCCCUGCUGCUCUUGUGCCUGGUGCCAUACCUGCGGGCCAAGCUGGAGGUGAUGCUGGCCCGGCAGAGAGAGGAGGAAGACUUCUCCAUCAGGCUGUCACAGACCAGGAAGCAGAGGUUGUACCGAGCGGCGGUGGCAGCAUACCCAUAUGUCAGCUCGGCCUGGAGGUCUUGGAUCUUCUGCCAGCAAUUGCUUUUUGUUUUCGGAGUCAGCAGAACACACAGUCCCCUGCUGUGGCUGGCCAAUGUCAGACUGGCACGGCUCACCACACAUGACCUCAGAGAUGCACAGCAGAAAACCAGCUGCAGGCCCAGGCCGGCCGAUGGGAGACUGAUGCAGAGAGCAUGGUGGCUCAUGUCUCGGGCAGCUCAGGGUGUGGCCGUCUCCCUCUCCACCUCCCUGUCUCUGGGCGUCUUCUUCCUGCAGUUCCUGGAGUGGUGGUAUUCCUCGGAAAACCAGAGCACAGUUAAAACCAUCACUUCCCUGCCUGCACCUCCUCCCCCGCUCCAUCUGCAGGAGGAUGUCCAGGAGGAUGAGAAGAACUGCCCGCUGUGCCGAAAGCUCUGGGCCAACUCCACUGUGCUGUCCACAUCUGGCUUUGUCUUCUGUUACCGCUGCAUUUACACGUAUGUGAAGGCUAACCACUGCUGCCCACUCACUGGAUUCCCCACAGAACUGCAACACCUCAUCAAGAUCUAUGAGUCCGAGAGCUAAGAGUUCUCUGGAGGUCAUUUCAGAUGUUUCCCAUCUUUUGGAGAAAUGUGACCUUACUGUUUGCCGCAUUCCUGUGCAGGCUUCUAUCAACAGCUCUUUGUGAAGAGUGAAAAUGGUAUUUUACUUUUGUAUGCAAAAGUUAAUUUUAAAGUUGAUAAAUUAUGAUCUAAUUCAGAUUUUAAUUGCUUACACUUUGUCUUUGUAUUUAUUAAAUCAGUAAAUAUACUGUAUAUAAGAGUGCUGCAAAUAAAACCUU